CUGGCCCAAGCACAACUUUUUCAACAUGGAUUCUAUGAGGUGUUUGACUUUGUAACAAGAUGUUCACAGUGCAGUUACAAAACGAUUACAGAAAUGCCAUAAUACAGGUUUGUUGAAGAUACCGUUCAACGUUCGUUAGCACGCUGUACAUAUUUACCAUUUAUUACUAGGGAGCGUUUCGUUUGCAAGCUAGAGCUAGCUAAAUAGACUAUUUAGGUUUGUAGUUUUAUUCACUACAGUUUAAGUCGUAUGUGAACUGUACCUAGCUAAUGUAAUGUCCCGGUAUAACGUUAGUAAACGAGUUUUUAUGAUGAGUUAUUAGCCAUUUCGUUUAUCUAAACGAUAAAUGUCUGUAAAGCAGUGUUGUACUCCCAUGUAGAAUCGCGUGGAGCUAACGUUACUUCUGUUAGCGGAGCAUAGGUUGCUAGUUAACUAGCUAGCUAGCCACAAUUUACUUAUUUUGGCCUAAGCGUUCAAGAUCUUGAUCUUUGAUCUAACGUUACUCAAAAUUCGGCAAUUUAUCGUUAACUAGUUGGCUGCUGCGUGCUUAACUGUCAGACUAAAUAGUAUCCUUUUGGUUAGCUAUUCUUGCAUGGCAUGCAGAUAUUUGCGAACGUUUGGAACUUUCCUGAUCUCCACGAAAGGCAGCUAAGUCUUGCUUAAUUAUUUUUGUUUAUGGUUCUACUGACCAGUUUUAAGAAUACCCACACAAGUUCAUGACUGCGCGUUUGUGGUCUGUACACACUUGGAGAUCAUGAGGGCAAUUGUAAUGAGAUCCAAUCAGGAGCCAAAAAACGAAAGAAACUCUAAAACACACGCCUGGUAAAGUUGUCAUCAGGGCGCAAAAAGCGGUAACGUUAGUUGGCUACAUAGCAAGCAAAGAUUUGUUCGGAUAGGUAGUUUGCAAGAGUCUGUGUUGCUGUAGAAGCGCAUCUUAUUUUUACAUUUUCAAAAUGCUGCUGUCCUUGGUCGUACACACAUACUCGUUGCGGUACUGGCUUCCAGCCGCUGUAAUGCUGGGUACAGCACCAGCAUACGUGCUGUCUUGGAGUGCUUGGAGACUGCUGUCAACGAUCAUCCCGGGCAGGCCGUUCCACGUAAUGGAUGAUCUUUUCUACGCGAUUUAUCAGAGCAUGGUCCUCUUCUUCUUUGAGAAUUACACUGGCGUUGAGGUCCUCAUCUAUGGCGAUAUACCAAAGAAUAAAGAGAAUGUGGUUUACCUUUCCAACCACCAAUGCACAGCGGACUGGAUCAUUGCUGACAUGUUAGCCAUCAGGCAGAAUGCACUUGGUCAUGUACGAUACGUCUUAAAAGAUGGAUUGAAGUGGCUCCCUCUGUACGGAUGGUAUUUUUCUCAGCAUGGAGGUGUCUAUGUGAAGCGCAGUGCCAACUUUGAUGAAAAAGCUAUGACAAGCAAACUCUGCUCUCAGACAAAAUGUGGAGCACCGAUGUAUCUAGUAAUUUUCCCAGAAGGAACUCGGUACAACCCAGAGCUUCCCAAAGUGAUCAGUGACAGCCAAGCUUUUGCCAAGAAAGAAGGACUUGCAGUUUUGAAACACAAUCUCACUCCUAGAAUGAAAGCUUCCCAUAUAGCUAUUAAUGCAAUGAAGGAUCACCUGGAUUCUGUUUAUGACAUCACUGUGGCAUAUGAGGGUACCCUGAAGGCUACAGGUGGACGACGUUCUGCUCCCUCUAUGCCAGAAUUCCUGUGUAAGGAAUGUCCUAGAGUCCACAUCCACUUUGAGCGUGUGGAUCUGAAGGAAAUCCCCAAAGAAGCUGUGUUCUUCCGCAGGUGGCUGCAUGAAAGAUUUGAAAUUAAGGACAAGUUGCUGACCAGUUUUUAUGAGUCAGAAGUGCCUGAACAGAGAUGCAAGUUCCCAGGGGAAGGUCGAAAGUCACCACUGAGCCUCAAGAAGACAUUACCAUCACUGCUGUUUUUGGGUGGCCUCACUUUACCAUUGCUACUCACAGAUACUGGCAGGAAGCUCUACUUAAAAACUUGGAUUUAUGGGACAUUUGUGGGGUGGUUGUGGGUGAAUAUUAGUCCCUAAGGAACAAUUGCACUCCUGUUAUGCCAUUACUUACCGGUUUUGAAAUGUCUUCCCCUCUUCAUCUAAGCUGAAUCUCAUUUUGAAGCCAUCAGUACUGUUACUUCCGAAAAUGUGGGUCUCUGAAUAUAUCUGAAUAGUGUGUUGGAAUAAGAAGCUUUUAACUCAAUCUAUUUUACAAUCCAAGAGCCAUUUGAAUGAAGUUGUAGUCUGUGCAACUGAGCCAAAUUUCACAUUUUUUAAAACCUUGUGAGUUUGUCUUAAAUAUUCCCUCUCCUCAAGAAACUGGUAUAAACUGGCCUGCUGUUGAAAAAAGAUAAAACUUGAUUGCGAUGAUGAACCAGUCCCAACAGGAGGAAGGCUGUUUUAGGCAAACCGUCUGUCCUUUUCAUUAUUCUGCCAUUUUUAACAUCUGCAUUACUCUAACCAUAAAUGUAGUGGAAAAUUGGUUGUGUCAAAAAUAACCACAAAACCAGCUGUCUUUCAAAAGGGUUCUGGCUUACGGCUGAGGUUUAUAUACUGUGUUUACCAAAAUCUUAAGUAUUAUCUUCAUUGCAUUUAUUAGGUGUACCUCCAUUUGUAUUUGUGCUUCAGAAGUUUGUAUGCUUGCAAAAUAUGCUGACGGUUUUUGCCAAACAUAAUGACAAAACAGAAAAGGUUAAAUAAAUUAACAUCAGUCUCCCCCUUGUUUAUUUUUAUAACCAUUUCUUCAGUUCUCUGUGCAGACCUUAUUUUGUCUAUGAAUACCUGAAAAUGCAUUCGUCCCUAUAUAAGGGGGAAAUGCCUCCAUUUACAUCAGUGUUUUUGAUUCAAGAACCAAGUAUACAGGCAUGUAUAUUGCAAGUUCUAAUGUACUUUUCAUUUUUGCUAAUUAUAGUACACUUCUAGUGGGAAAUGACUAUGUACAGACAAUGCUGCCAGAGCAAGUACUUUAGUUUAACUUUUAAGUGAUAGGCAUCAGUAUACAAUUUGUACCAUUUUUUUGUACAAGUACCAACAUUCAGGAAUUGUCCUCCCCCCCCCAAUUAAGUUUCACGAUUUCAGAAGGGAAAUCUAUUCUAUGUAGUCAAACUUUAUGCUUCUUACUGAAUUCAACUGACAAUUCAAUUUGUUCCUAUUUUUAAUUGCAUAUCUUAAACAGAAAAUUAUUGACUGUCAGAUAUGCAGAUACUUUUAGAAACUGAAUUUGUUGAGUUUGAAUUCAGCACUAAAUUGUUUAUGAUGGCCUGAUUAGUCAAAGAAAGUAAGUUUAACUAUAAAGGAAGGAAGUUUAUCAUAAGAAGUGCUAGUUAAUGAAAUAUGUGCCUUCUACCUUGGGUUUGGUAUUUAUCACAUACUGAGUACUGUCACAAUGUAAGCCAUGUUGCUUGGAAUGUAUGCUGAAUAGUUUACUGCAAGUGGAAAGCAGUUGAAUUAUUCAUCAAUUGAAGUAAAUUAAAGCUACCUUAUUAUAUUCAUUAACAUAAUGUCCCAAAAGAGAUCAAUAAUCAAUGGCUUAGUAUCUGUAAAAUUGCAGGUUCAAUCCCAUUUAUGUGCUUGAUAGGGUAAUAAUGAAAACAAUGUAUAAAUUGAAAUAAGAAUAUUUACAGAUAAUUAGACUUGUAUAUGGCUAAUGACAUGGUACAAUGAGUGUCAAAGGUUCAAAGGUUCUAUCCGACUGCACCAUCGUUUCUUUGGUCCUGGGACAUUGAUCAAUAUUUCGGAAUUAUUCGAUUGAUUGGUCCAGGAAAAUAAAUCUAUGAGUGAACCUUAGUCUACCAGCCAACUCCCAAGUGUGUACCCAAUAAAUUGAAUAUACAACAAAAAUAAAUAUUUGUUUUGCUGCCUGAAUUUAUGCAUACUAAUGAUAACAUUAUAGCAGCUUUAUGCAUGUUGUGUGGUAAUUUUACUGUGCAUGAUUUUGCGUUUCUAUUAAUUUGUGACUUUUUGAUGCAAAAAUGUUUAAUGUUGACUAAAACAUCCAUCCUGUUUUAUUUGUUCAACUAUUGCAAGUUAUGUUAAAUCAUCUGUAAAAGACUUCUCAGUUUUAAGAUUUAAAAUAAUUACAAUUUUAAAAAAAGACAAUUAUUUGGCCAGUUGUAUGCAUGAAUUUUGCUUCUACAAUGUAGCCAUACAACAGGCAAGAACUAGAAUAUCUGCAUAUAUUUUGGUUCAAGAUUUUAUUCCAAAAUGUCUACAGACAUCUGAGUGAAUAUUGAAAUUGUUUUUUUUAAAGAUGUUUGUUUUUACCACAGCAUGUUACAUAAACGCUAUAUAUUUUAUACAUGUGGGCAGGCGAUUACUUCAUGCAUGUGUGCAUUCCAUUUAAUGUAUGAAUAAAUUCUGCAGUGCUUUCCCUCAUUCAUUCUGAAAUACAUAAGUAUAACAGAAUACUUAAUUGGGGAAAUGAAUUGCACAAACUAUGAUUUGCUUUCAAACUAUGUUCAUAUUUUUUCCUGACAGAUGCCCUCCCUCUCAUUGAUUUGACUUCCUGCAUUUUUCUGGUAAUCAAUUAUGACAGGUUUUCAACUCUUUACUUCAUAGUAUUACACGCACUGAGUGUCUGUACUUCAGUGCACUUCAGAUUAUUGGGACCCUCAAUUAAUAUGGACAAAAAAUUCAAAAGAUCAGCAAUAUGAGAAAAUUGCUCAGAGAUCCAAAUCAUCUAAAACGUGCAUCACAUCGGUUACAUUAUUGUGCACCUUCCCUUUGCCAAGGCAACAGCAGUGAUUGUCAUGUUUUAUUAGGUUGGAAAACAAGGGAUCGGAGACCAUUUCUCAAUGAAGUGUUUCUCCAGGUCCAUGGUGUUUGCUUGUGGUCAUUGCAAAAGUCAUUGGAAAAAGGUACAAUAUUUCCCCAAGAUAAUGAUACAAAAUAUACCUCAGAUUACGGUUUUGAAAUGACUCCAGGCUAUAUUAUUGAAAAUCUUUGGGGAGACUUCAAAGAACGCCUCAAUUUAUUCCUGAACAUGACGUUACUAACUUUUGCACGUGCCAUAUUUACAGUAAGGCUUUCUUUUUUAAUCUGUUAACCCCUUAAAACACACUUAAAAUCCAGGGCUUCUUGUAGAAAAAUAAAUAAAAUAAAACUAAGUGCAUAUUUGUCCCAAAAUAACCAUCUCACCUGAUCCAACAGGAGUCUCAAUCAGUAAACAUGCAGGACAUAUUUAUUUUUAAAAACAAAGAAUAGUUUUGUGUUUUCUGUAGUGAUAACGUACUUUUGAUGCUGGUGAAAACCAAACGUCUUCUUCCAGUCUACCCCGAAUAUGUCCACAACACUAGGAAUUUUUUUUUCCUGUCGAUUGAACAAAGCAGUAAAAGUUGACGUGUUAAGGUGGGCCCCAAGUGUCCUCAAAACUUCUCCAAAUUGGAACAUUGUGAAUGCUUCUUCAGGCAUCUCACUUCCAGAAGCUAGUUUUAUCACGAGUGCUACCCUCAGGAACAACUUCUCACUUACAUAUCUACAGUUUAAUCCACAUUCUUUAUGAAAAUGAGAUGUGAGCCUCAUGUCACAAUAGUCUCUGCCCUCUUACAGAGUUCAUACAUAGGGAAAUCUACAUUGAGCACUGAAUAGGGAAUCUGUGGUGAAACGAGAUGAUUAUCAAUGCGCAACGCUUGCGGGACUGCGGCUUGGUGAGCAAGCAAACAGUAAUGUUUUUUCUUUCGUUUCAAACAACGGUUUUUGUGGCUCUUUGGGCACUUGUACUUAUUAACUGACUAAUAAACUAUUUUAAAAAGUU